AUGGGUAUUUCUCGUGAUUCUCGCCACAAGAGAGCUGCUACCGGUGCCAAGCGUGCUCAGUUCAGAAAGAAGAGAAAGUUCGAAUUGGGCCGUCAACCUGCUAACACCAAGAUCGGUGCCAAGAGAAUCCACACCGUUAGAACCAGAGGUGGUAACAAGAAGUUCAGAGCCUUGAGAAUCGAGACCGGUAACUUCUCCUGGGCCUCUGAAGGUGUUGCUAGAAAGACUAGAAUUGCUGGUGUUGUCUACCAUCCAUCUAACAACGAAUUGGUCAGAACCAACACUUUGACCAAAUCUGCCAUUGUUCAGAUCGAUGCCACUCCUUUCAAGCAAUGGUUCGAAUCUCACUACGGUCAAUCCCUAGGAAAGAAGAAGAACCAGAAGGGUGCUGUUGAGGAGGAAAUCGUUGCCAAGUCCAAGGCUACCGAGAGAAAAUGGGCUGCCAGAGCUGCCGACUCUAAGGUCGAACAUGCUGUCGAGGCUCAAUUCGGUUCCGGUAGACUGUACGCCUGCAUUUCUUCCAGACCAGGUCAAUCCGGUAGAUGUGACGGUUACAUCUUGGAAGGUGAAGAAUUGGCCUUCUACUUGAGAAGAUUGACUGCUAAGAAAUAA